CUCUAAAUGUGCUUCUCCCUUUGCACUAUCAAGACUGUGAUGAUCUGUUUCCCGGACCAGGCUGUGCCAGGACUCGGUCCGGCCCACUGCUCAUGGACCAUUUGGAACUUGUGCUUAUCUGCACUGGGCACGGUGCCCUCCAUCCAGUCCCACUGCAGCUAACUAAAGCCCAGCAGCUCAGUGCCGAACAAUGACUGGAACAGCAAUGUGCUGACUCCUGCCCCGACCCACAGGCCCAGCUGCUUUUCAGCACCAGCAUGUAUAAAUAGGUCCGUUUACUCUGGGGUCAGGACAUCGUCUUUGUGGAGCCCCCUGUGAGCACUGAACAGCUAUUCUUUGGGGCCGGUCAGAUAAAUCACCACUGAGAGACACAGUAGCAUGGCUCUGAAUAAUCCCAACCCACUGGGACCAUGGAAGAUCACAGUUUAUGACCAGGAGAACUUCCAGGGCAAACGUCUGGAGUUUACCUCAGCCUGCCAGAACAUCAUGGAGUGUGGUGUUGACAACAUCCGCUCUCUGAAGGUGGAGUGUGGAGCCUGGGCAGGAUACGAGCACUCCAGCUUCUGUGGACAGCAGUUUGUGUUGGAGAGAGGAGAGUAUCCUCACUGGGAGUCGUGGAGCGGCAGCAACGCCUACCACAUUGAGAGGAUGAUGUCCUUCCGCCCCAUCUGCUCUGCUAACCACAAAGAGUCCAAGAUGGUGUUGUUUGAGAGGGAGAACUUCAUGGGCCGCCAGUGGGAGAUAAACGAUGACUACCCCUCUCUGCAGGCUAUGGGCUGGGGCAACAAUGAGAUUGGAUCUAUGCAAGUUCAGGGCGGCGCCUGGGUGUGCUACCAGUUCCCAGGUUACCGUGGUUACCAGUACAUCAUGGAGUGCGAUCGCCAUGGCGGCGAGUACAAACAUUACAGAGAGUGGGGCUCCCAUGCUCAGUCCUUCCAGGUGCAGUCGCUGCGUCGAAUCCAGCAAUGAGACCUGCAGCUUCCUCUCCCGACCUCUCUGUCUUACCUCCUCCAGAUCCUCCUCCUCUUCCUCCCUUCACCCAGUCAUUCCAGUGCCUUCGGGUGCUUUACCAUCAACGUGUUUACAGCACUUUUGUUCUGUUGCUCAAAUGAAAAUAAUUAGAAAUGAUGGGAAGAGUUAAGGAGAGAAAAAAAGAGCCACUGAAGAGAAGCUCCUGACUGACUGACGCCCCACUGAGGAAGAAAGAGGAGGACGUUGAAAGGCCUCAAGGCAGCAGCAGGGUGACUCAGAGUCAUUGCUCCUCGUAUCUGUGGGUAAAUAUGGUGCUACCAGUGAUCAGUAAUGAAGAAUGGGCAACUUAAAAUAAACAGAAAUACAAGAGUGUGCUGCUAAACUC